UCGAAGCUCCCCGGAAGUUGAUAAGUGAUGAUAAGUCACUUUAACGGCUGCGGCUCUUCCGCUCCCCGGAGCCUUCCCCGAACAGGCAUAGUAGGGCUUAGGGUUGGCGCUGUUAUCGAUAAGCCCCCCCCUUAUCGCGCCAUACUGCACCUCAAACCAGUCAUCAAGUAUAGUUAACUAUAUCAACACUGCACAGGUCAAGUCCCCCCGGGAGCACAGGGUAGUAAGAGAAGAUUCCCAUUCAUUCAAUUACCUCUAGAAACCAUGUCUUCACUCACAAACGAGGCUCCCAUCCCUCUGUGGUUGGACUGUGAUCCUGGACACGAUGAUGCCUUUGCCAUCCUCCUGGCCAUCCAUCACCCAUCUCUGAAGCUUCUCGGAAUCAGCACCGUUCACGGUAAUGCAUCGCUCCAGAACACGACCGCCAACGCAGGCAGCGUGCUCGAAGCCCUCGGAAGGCCAGAUAUUCCCAUCUAUCCAGGAUCGAAGAAGCCCUAUUCGAGACCCGCUGUUUAUGCUCCCGAUAUUCACGGAAACACCGGUCUCGACGGCACCGACCUGCUGCCAAAAGCAACCGUGCCCCCAGUAACAGACAAGAAUGCCAUCCUGGCUAUCCGUGAUGCUAUCCUAGCGGAGCCAAAGGGAACUCCAUGGCUCGUUGCAACUGGAACCUUGACGAACAUCGGUUUAUUGUUUGCAACCUUUCCAGAAGUCGCGGAGCAUAUUCAAGGUCUGAGUAUCAUGGGUGGAGCAGUUGGAAAUGGAUUCACUGAUGCUCCUAUGAGUCGAUUGCCUGGUGAAGAGGCACGCAUUGGAAAUACCACGCCAUGGGCGGAGUUCAACACUUAUUGUGACCCGGAAUCCUCGCAAUCGAUCUUCUCCAACCCCAUCCUCGCACCAAAGACAACUCUCAUCGCCCUCGACUUAACUCACCAAGUCCUCGCCUCGCCCACCGUCCAGUCCCGCAUCCUGACCGGCACAGACGAUCUCUCAUCCGAACCGACCGUCCUCCGCCGCAUCCUCCACGCCCUAGUUACCUUCUUUGCAUCAACCUACGAAACCGUCUUUGGUCUGGACGUCGGCCCACCGCUGCACGACCCCCUCGCCGUCGCAGUGAUCCUUUCGAAUCUGAACCCAUCGUUCGCCAAAGCCCAUCCAGACAAAGCGCUCAAGUUCAACGACAAGGGAGGAGAACGCUUCAUCGUCAACGUCGUUACGGACGGCAAGCAUGGGACAGACGUCUCGGUGACAGGACAGUUGGGGCGGACGGUCGUUGAGCCAGCUACGGGUGGUGGUGGAGUGGCUAUCCCGCGCGGUGUUGAUCUCGAUGCAUUCUGGAGCAUGAUCACUGAUUGUAUCCAGCGCGCGGAUGAGUGGAAUGCUGCUCGUGGUAGGAAGUGAGAUAUGUUAUGUACCUGAUAAGAUGAGACGCGGUGAGGUGAAUAUCCGGAUGGUAUUUGGGAUAUGCUACAGUCCUUUUAUGGCCUUGGUUUUGGAUAUGUGAAUAAUGCCAUUGCGUACUUAGACUUAGAUUGCGUUGAUGGUGGAAGUUAGAUAGACUGUGCUGCAUAUUCGAUGUGAAUGGAUGAUAUAUGCACAUUA